CUCGGUUUGAGUUAAAUGAGUUAACCGGAAAUUGAGCUGGAGAAAACCAAAACACAAAAGUCUACGACAUCGUUUAAGUCGUCUUCUUCAAUAUCAAGUGUGCUGAGAGUUAGUAAGUUAGUUACUCCAACCGUUUUUAACUGAAAUCAACUUAGAGUCGCCGAGUCUUAAACCUCUGUAUAUAAAGCGACUGUGUGAGAAAUAGGAUUACGAGUCAAUUAUUUCUUUUGGGAUUCUUGGGUUACAGAGAUAGUGGAGACGAAUUUAGUUGCUUUUUCGUUUCGUGUUCGCACACAUCGAUUCACAGAGAGAUUGAGAGAUGAGAGAGUAUUCACUCGGCGAUUUCAUUCACUGAAUCGAGGUUCUAAUCGGUUGAAGAAUCUAAAGUUGGCGACGGAAUUGCAGAAGAUACAGAUCCAUGGGGGUCAGCGAUUAAGUCCGUCGUGUUUGCUUCAAGGUAACUUGUGUCAUGUAGAAGGCAUUUGCUAUGAUGUGUGAAGAUUUCUUGAAGUUUUUGGUGAAUCAAUUUCUACGAUCAUUUCUUCGGGCUGGUGCAGAAUUUGGCGAGUUCAGGGCUGGUAUAGAAUCAGGUUUCUUGCUACGUCGGAAUCUUAGGAAUCAUGGCUAACAAUCUUCGGAACGAGAUAGAUCCAGAUCUUGAGGAGAUCUUUGAACGGUCAGAACACGAAUGGUUGAAUCAGGGGGAUAUACAUAAUAUACUUGCUAAACGUGAAGACUUACCUACCUCUACCGUACCCAUCCAAUUCCCUGAACACGGGUUAUUCCUUUUUAACAUUGAUGAGCAGCUCGUGCUAGAUACUAUUCAGUGGGACAUGACCAAGUCUAAGGUAUGGCAUGGUCAAUACAGCAUCCGGUAUAAAGUUAACCAGUGCUUUUUAGUUGCCAUUGACGAGGGAGUCAGCACCACCUAUGAAAGACGAGCCUACAAAUGUGAAGAUCGCUAUGGGUCAUAUAGAUUGGUACACUAUAGAACCUAUUUCAUGAGCGAAAAUGAUUCAGAAGAUGAGAACAGUGGGGAUGAUACAGAGGAUUCAUAUGGUGAAAACAUGGGAGAAAAUGAAACCAAUGAUGAUAGCAGCGAUGAUGAUGAUAGCGAUGAAUCUGGCGGAGAUGAUGAUAGCAGCGAUGAAUCUGGCGGAGAUGAUGAUAGCGAUGAAUCUGGCGGAGAUGAUGAUAUAGAAGCUAAUGGAGAUGCUCUUCCUCUUGCUAAUGGUUUUUGUUAAGGCCAGAUUAGGUGACAAAGAAAGCUGCAGGAUCUCCAGCAAAGCUAGGGGGGUAGUUAGAAUAAUACAUGUCAGCACAUUUAGCAGAAUGUUGUUUCCCCAAGUUAGUUGUUUCAAUUAAACUCUAAAACGAUUCUGUAACAACUUGGUCUAUCAAAUUGAAUUCAUGCAAAGUUGCAGACGGUGAUUCCAUGAAAAAAUAUCUUAUAGCAACUACCUCAACUGCUAAAUGUUGAAGGGAAAUUCUGAAUUCAAACAGUUGGAAAUUCAACAUCACAGCUAAAAUUACUUGCAAGUGACACACAAGUUCUUAUUAUUAAAAACUCAACUUGGUAUAAUGAAAAGAGUUUUUACAUCUCAAAAUUCAACUCUUUAUUUGCAAUAACAAAAUCUGUUGGUCAAGAUGGAAAUUCUUACCUGAGAUUGUAAUAGUCCUUUUCAGGCCUUGUCACACAACAAGGGUUUAUGUUCAAAAAUGUCAUACCGGCAAAACACAAGUCCAUCCCUCCAAUAAAGCAUACAUGAUGAUCUACGAUGAUGAGCUUUUAUGGUGAGACAUGCAGAGGUAGAAACCAAUUUCUACUAAAUUUUUGUGGUCAGGUCAGGUAUGCUUAGCUUUGUCCUCCAACAAGUUAUUAGUCUGGAAAAAUAGAGUAAAUCUCCAAGACCAAUCAACUAUACAAGAGGUUAAAGAUGAGCUGAGAGAGUAGAGAUACCCUUUCCUUUCAGCUGAUUAGCAAUGCUAAAGA